AUGACCCGUGAAGACACACUAGCACAAGGCCAAUACAUUCACGCCAACACACACUUUUCCCUCACCACUCACGGAGCUCUGACUGUUUUUGUCAGCUUCGAACAAACUCUUUUCCUUCCUCCUCUACCCAAACUUCAGCGCUUUUCUUUCUCUCUCUUUCCUCCAUUCCUCUUCCUGCUUCCUCCUGCCUUCUCCUUCUUCUUUCCUCAAGCAUUGACGCCUUUCCGCCACCCUCCUCUCUACCCCUCUUUCCAACCUGCGCAGGGUUCGAACCGGCGACUCUUCAAGCAACCGGUCACCCCUUGGCCGAUGCAUGACAAACUCUUAAGCCUACCAAUAGACAAAAUGUCUGCUUGA